UGUGCACAGUCUGACGUUAACAGAUUCCAAGUUGUACUCAUUGAAAGCACGGGUGGCGAUACCUAUGCCGUGUUUAUCUAUGACUGUGGCACCAUGAUGUGGGGUGGAGGAGUGAUAGGCUGGCAGGCCAGCUCCUCUGACUACAUGGCCAACGACCGUAGCGGACAGACUGAUAACAAUGACAUUGCCUGCUCUUAUUCCCGGAGACAGAGUGCAAUUGUCUACCGCCUGUCCUCCUGUACGUACAGCGAGUUCUCAUGUGGCAAUAGACAGUGUGUGGAUGAGUAUGACAAGUGCGACGGAAUCAAUGACUGUGGAGACAAUAGCGAUGAACAGGGCUGUGUGAAUAUUGGUGCUGUAGUCGGUGGCAGCACAGCAGCCUUUUUUAUCAUCAUAUUCAUCGGCAUCAUUUUCUCCAUUGCCUGCUCCGUGAGGUUUGCAAGAAGACGGCGUUUCACCCGUGUCAAUGCCUGCAUCAUUGCCAGCACUGGACCUUCUGUCACCGUGGCCACUGUCUCAAACAUGUCGUCAUCUCAGGGUGCUCCUCUCCUGGCUAACGAACAACCACCUCCCACCAACGUCAACUAUAACUACCCUGCUUCCCACCCUCCACCUCAGCAAGGAUGCCAAGUUCUGGUGAACCCAGUGACUGGUCACAGCCCCUCCCCCCAGCCACACCCUCCUCCUCCUUACUCUGCCCAGCCUCAGACUCAGCUGUACUCUGCAUACCCUCCACCGAACCAGGCCGGCCCACCCCAGUACUAGCUUCAACGUUCACUGAUCUCUGAACAGAAGAGAAACACAUGAGUAGCUACGUAACUGUCUGUAAAGUUGUACAUACAUACACAACAUGCACCUAUUACUUGCAUGACCGGAAUUAAUAAGUGAGUGAAUGUACUGUAAUGAAGCAAAUGCCAUCUGCACCACU